ACUUAAUGUAUGGACACCCAGGUAUUUCCAUUCCAGCUCAAAGCUCAGUCACAGGGGAGCUCGGAGGAGCUGAGGUGUUUGCAGCUUAUCAACCAGCAGCAGGAGGGCUCAGACUUGGAGGAGCUGAUCAGCAACCAGUCCUGCCUCAAGCUGGCCCAUACCAUCAAAGCCUACGUGACCACGGUGACAGAGAAUAUUAUCCGCAGGAGCACGGUAAAGGAAGCCCAGCGGAGCUACUUCAACACCUCGGAGGGGCAGGCUCCUCCCAAAACACCCGGCAAGCCCUCAGCACAUCUAACCCUCCGCCCACAGAGCCUGGCCCAGGAUGGAAGCUCCAAGCGUUUCGGAAACCUCUCUCAGUCCUGCCGCCAUGCCAUAGCGCGCUGGGAAGACAGCACUAUCCACUCACACCUGCAGAACAUCACGUACCGGGAUGGCCGGCUGCGGGUCAACCAGGCAGGCAAGUACUACGUCUACUCCCAGAUCUACUUCCGCUACCCCAGCGACAGGGCCAGCACCCGCAUCUCCGUCCCCCAGCUUGUGCAGUGCAUCAACUGGAAGACCUCCUACAGCCAGCCCAUCCUCCUGCUCAAAGGGGUGGGCACCAAGUGCUGGGCACCUGAAGCAAACUAUGGCCUGCAUGCUCUCUACCAGGGGGGACUGUUUGAGCUCAAAGCCGGCGACGAGCUCUUUGUCUCUGUCUCCUCCCUGGCCAUUGACUACAACGAUGCAGCAGCCAGCUACUUUGGGGCUUUCCGGCUCGACCUGUGACAUCCUCCUCAUUCUCAUGUCCACCCUCUGACCAAACCUGCUCCUUCCAUAGUGACUCUCCUGUGUGGCCCACAGACAAUCCUCACAGUCCUGUUGCCUUCACUUAUAUGGGAUGGCAGCCCAACAGCCGGAGGCCAAGCCAGAGGAAUGUGGUGCAGUUUAUAGCCCUCCCCGUAUUGUCCCUUGUGAUGAGAGACAGAGCCAGAGGAGGGCACAGUGUGGCUUCCUAUAGAGACCUAGUGCGGUCAGUGCUAUGCAAGGGAGGACGAAUCCCACAGCCACUGGGAGCCUGGCCCUUCAGAGAGUGGAAGGGAGGAAACCAAGGGUCUGCUUUCUGACAGCCAAAGAGGGACAUGCGUUAAGGAUGAUUUCGCAUCUCUGGCAGCACCUGACCUCCCCAGCUCCUGUCUGAACAAAUGGAGCAGGAAACAUGAAACAGCUGUCACACCGGCUCCAGCAGUGGCCUGCCCUGUCCAGGGAGCUGGAGGGCAGACAAGGGCCCUGCCAGAACUUGGGUAAGGCUACUCAGGGAGCACAGAGCGGGACAGGCCUCUAGCAAGAGCCACAUCACUAAGAUGCCUUGCAACCAUGCAACACGCUCCCACGUAUCUCCCUUCCCCAGCAAGGUAAAGGCACAAGGGUCACAAUUCCACAGUUGCAAUAGAAAGCCUCCCCACAGCAGGACAACCCUCUGCAAGGCCAAAUAAACAGCUGGCACAGCCAGAUAUGGCAAACCAGGCUGCAGGCUGCCAAGGAGCCCAGAGCAGAAGGUAUCGAGACAGAAAUCAGCUUUAGCAGAGGGCAGCAGCAUGGUGAGUGUGGCCACAGGGCUGGCCUUCCUCCCCUUUCUGUGUGCAGGUACACAGGAGAUCCAGCACUCAAGAGCACAAACUAUCAGAAGGGUAUGAAGGAGUUUCAGUUCAGUAAAGCCUGGCAUGACAUCAGCAGUCAGCUUCAGAGGGGCAAAGAGCAGAUCAACAAAGCUGGCCACACUUAGGCAUGUGACAGACACAUUUUUUUCCUGAGCCAGGUUAGAAACCAAGGUGACACAUGAGCCACAGAUAUUCCCAGUGACCCUGCACCAACAGAGGCCGGUGUGUAGUGCGCCUGGAUCCACAUUUCCUUCCCAUCCCCAGGCAAACACAGAUGAGUCACACCAAUGAGAGGGUGCAGUGUUACCCCAGCGAGCUGUGGGGAAGCUCAUCAGAAGAGGGGACUCUCGGGGAAGCUGGAAACCUGUAAGGUCGAAGCGCUCCUGGACUGGCCAUCAGCAGGCUGGCAAAAGCAGCAGCACCCGCAGCUCCCCAAGCACUUCUUUGUAGCACAUACAAAUCCCUGAAAGUGAAGAAAAGUCAUCAAACUGCCCCGAGCUUCUAUUUCCUGGAAGCAGUCAGCCCUGCAGCAACUCUCACAGUGCCGUGUGCUGGAGUCACAGCUGGGGAGGCUACACGUGGGGAAGGGGUAUUGCAGAGCCCUGGUGCUAAGCUGAGCCCACUCCAGGGUGCUGUGAGUGGGCUGGUCUGUCCCACAGGGCAGAGGGCAGCUCAAAUGCACAGGACCACUGAGCCAAGGAGCUGCACACCAGGCCUCCCUUUGCGCCUGUCUCUCCUGACCAAGCCUCGCUUUUCUCCAGGUUUUGUUCCUCCGAGCCUCAGGGGGCCAGCAGGCCAGCACAGCCACCCUCUGGCUCUCACUUGUUAACCAGCAGCAUUUCAGCUCGGGCCAUGCAAUUCCCUAGGCAGCUGCAUUUCCCCUGCUGCUCUCUAUUCCCAGUGCCACUGCAGCAGUGACACCAGGGACAUGUGGUGCUAGCCCAAGCCCCAGGACAGAAGAGCAAACCCUCUGGUCAAACUGCAGGGACACCUCAGACACGGCAGGCAGGUUCAAGCAGGGCAGAACAUGAUUAAGCUGGCUCGGUCCAUGAAUGCUGGGGUGGAUGUAGCCCCCCCUUUUGUAAUUACUUGUAUAUUCUCUGUAUCAUACCAAGACUGUUAAUGUGUACAGACACGUGACGGCAGCACAGGCUCCCAUGAAGAACAUGAGUACCCCUCACACCAGCAGGGCUUUGGGGAGCUCAGUGCUGGUUUAAAUAAACCUUGUACUCCA